AACCACCACGUAUAUAUACUGUACAACUACACUCUAAACCAAAGAUCAUCAGAGAGAUCCUCACCACAUCUAUCACAAAGAAAAAUGGCCAAAGUGUGUUUGCUGUUGCCGGUUCUGUUGGUCCUCAGUUCUAUGGGCCAUGUGGAACUGUCAGAGCACCAGCGCCUCUACAGGCAUGCGGCAGAUCGCAUGAAGUCCUUGCAUCUGAUGGCUGUGAACAUGAUCAGCGACUUUGAGGAGAGCCUCCCAGAGGACCGCAGGGCCCCGAGCAAGAUCUUCCUCCUCUCUCACUGCAUCUCGGACUCCAUUCCGGCUCCCAGUCACAAGGACGAGACCCAGAGGAGCUCUGUUCUCAGGUUGCUCCGCACGUCCUUCCGGCUCAUCGAGACCUGGGAGUAUCCGAGCCAGGCCUUCAGCGGAGCCUUCCUCAACAGCCUGGGGCCCAAUGUCAUCACAGAAAAGCUGAAUGACCUGAAGAUGGGUGUCAACUUGCUCAUUGGGGACUUCCUGAACGGUCAACCCGACAUGGAGGGCAAUGACUCCCUGCCCUUGCCCUUUGAGGACUUCUACCUGUACCUGGAAGACAACGACCUGAGCAAGAGCUACCGCCUCAUGGCAUGUUUCCGCAAGGACAUGCACCGCAUAGAGACCUUUAUCCGCAUGGCCAGCUGCCGGAGGUCUGCAGACUCCAACUGCACCCUAUGAGAGCAGGCACGUGCUGACCAAACUCCACUCAUUGCCCUUUGCUCCUUCCCUACAACUUUGGCACAUUGUUCUUCUUUUUUUUCACUAUAGGGGGUUAGUCAUCACACUGGAGAUGUAGUUUGAAUAAGAUUAUUUUGUUAUUGAAUUUGUUCCUUUUAAAUGGUAUCCCCAGAUCAUUGC